CUCUUAGGUUAGAUCUAGUCGUCGCCUCGGGCCUGUCAGAAUCGGACAACCGCGUAAACCGCUCCUGGAACACGGCGGACAAAGAGCUCGCUCGUUCACACAAUGUCUGGUAUUCAGUGGGUGUGUACUGAACCUGAAGAGACACAUAGACAAUGAAUCUGGAGAAGCAAAUUGAAGACAGAGUGAGAACAUCGUUUGUCCCAGAGUUUUGCUAACACUUUUUUCAAAGUGAUCUUAGCUUGCUUUUUUUGUAAGAACUGUCUGAACUUCCUAUUUUUCACUACAGAAGCCUAUGAUCUACAGUUGUCAGAGACUUAAACACAUUUCCUAAGGGCUCUUCUUUGCUCAUUCUAAAAUGCUGAGAUACUGGGGAGAGAUACCAAUCCCAUCAGGACAGACCAACAGAAGUUCCUUUGAUCUGCUCCCACGGGAGUUCCGCCUGGUGGAAGUCCAUGACCCACCCCUGCACCAACCCUCAGCCAACAAGCCCAAACCCCCCACUGUGCUGGACAUCCCCUCAGAGCCGUGCAGCCUCACCAUUCACACCAUUCAGUUGAUCCAGCACAACCGACGGCUUCGCAACCUUAUUGCCACAGCUCAGACCCAGAGUCAUCAACAGACCGAAGGUGUAAAGGCUGAAGAGAAUGAACCUCUUCCCUCCUGCCCUGGGUCACCUCCUCUCCCUGAUGACCUCCAGCCUUUAGAUUGUAAAAAUCCCAAUGCACCGUUCCAGAUCCGGCACAGUGAUCCAGAGAGUGACUUUUAUCGCGGAAAAGGAGAACCGGUGACUGAACUCAGCUGGCAUUCUUGUCGACAGCUCCUCUACCAAGCAGUGGCCACAAUCCUGGCCCAUGCAGGCUUCGAGUGUGCUAAUGAAAGUGUCCUGGAGACCCUGACUGACGUAGCACAUGAGUACUGCCUUAAGUUCACCAAGUUGCUGCGCUUUGCCGUGGACCGGGAGGCCAUGCUGGGACAGACUCCUUUCCCAGAUGUCAUGGAGCAAGUGUUCCAUGAAGUGGGCAUUGGCAGCAUGCUCUCCCUGCAGAAGUUCUGGCAGCACCGCAUCAAGGACUAUCACACUUACAUGCUGCAGAUUAGUAAGCAGCUCUCCGAAGAAUAUGAAAGGAUUGUCAAUCCUGAGAAGGCCACAGAAGACACUAAACCUGUGAAGAUCAAAGAGGAACCUGUGAGUGACAUCACGUUUCCUGUCAGUGAGGAGCUGGAAGCUGACCUUGCUUCUGGAGACCAGUCCUUACCCAUUGGAGUCCUCGGGGCUCAGAGUGAGCGCUUCCCAUCCAACCUGGAAGUGGAGGCUUCACCACAGGCUUCCAGUGCAGAGGUAAAUGCUUCCCCUUUGUGGAACCUGGCUCAUGUGAAAAUGGAACCUCAAGAAAGUGAGGAAGGCAAUGUGUCUGGGCACGGCGUGUUGGGCAGCGACGUCUUUGAGGAACCAAUGUCAGGCAUUAGUGAAGCUGGGAUCCCUCAGAGCCCCGAGGACUCAGACAGCAGCUAUUGUUCCCACUCCACUGACAGCCUCAUGGGGUCCUCCCCUGUUUUCAACCAGCGCUGCAAGAAGAAGAUGAGGAAGAUUUAACUGCAAAGGACACUUCCAGUCCAGACCUACAACAUCAGCAGGAAAUCUUUAUAUUUGGAGUGUUUCCAUAAAUAGUGAUUGGAUUCUAAUUCUUAAACACAGUGGGCUCUCCUAAUUUCAGAGAAAAGGCUCUUAGCCUAGUUACAUUUCACUUUAGAAUCGAUUUUUGUAAUUUUUUUCAGAACAACUCAGCCACUUUUCACAGACGAUUGUGAUAUUGGCAGUAAUCAGACCAAAGCACUGUCUCCAGCUGUUUCUUUACUGUGGGAAAACACACGUUUCUUAGCUCCUUCAGCCAUCUCAGUUGAGAAGAAUCAUGUAUUCUAAUGUCCCUGCAGAAGCCCGAAUCUGAGAUGUUUUGCUUAAACUUCAAAACUUGCAGAUUCACAUUAAAUAUGCCAUUAUAGACAUCAGGUUUUCAUCAAUUUAUUCUGGAUCAAGUCACUGGGGAUCAGUAGUAAUGCAGGAAAUAGCUAAGCAUAACAAAGGUUAUCAUAAGUCAUGUUCCAAAACUAUUUUUGCUACUCAGGCCUCUUACAAAAUGAGGCCUGUGGUGACAGCCGUUCUCCUUAUGAGACAGCUCUUCCCACACUUCUCGAUGUCCUAGGUUAUUCACCUCCACACUCAGACACUCUACUUCCAGUGUACAUUCUACAUACAUUUUCUUUCUUUCUUUCUUUUUUUUUUUUUUUGGUUUUUCAAGAUAGGGUUUUUUUUGUUUGUUUUUUUUUUUUUUUUUUUUUGUGGCUUUGGAGGCUGUCCUAGAAUCAGCUCUUAUAGACCAGGCUGGUCUUGAACUCAGAGAUCCACCUGCCUCUGCCUCCCAAUUGCUGGGAUUAAAGGUGUGCAACACGGCUGCCCAAAAAGUUUUGUUGUUUUUGUUUUUAAUUUACUAAUUAUGUAUACAGCAUUCUGCCUCCAAGCCAGAAGAGGGCACCACAUCUCAUUGUAGAUGGCUGUGAGCCACCAUGUGGUUGCUGGGAAUUGAACCCUGGAAGAGCAGUUAGUGCUCUUAACUUGAGCCAUCUCUCCAGCCCCCUGAUACUGAUUUUCAAAUAUUUUCUCCUUUGUGAAGGAUGCAAACAGGACCCUCUACAGUUGCUGGAUGGGCAGCCUUUGGUUUGUUUCAGGUUGUUCUUGUUUGUUUUGUUGUUUUAAUAAAAAGACAUUUGAGGAGCCAGAGAGAUGGCUCUGGGUGAAGGCACUUGCGACUUGAGUUCAGUGUAAGACAACAAGGGCUGACUUGUCCACGUGGUCCUUUGUCUACACACAUGCCAUGGUGCAUGCCUGGGUGCACACAACAAAUAAAUUAUUUUUUAAGUCA